CUGCUAAAAAUAGUGAAUAUUUUUUUAAAACUCAAAUCAAAAAGGCAAUAGAUCAUGACGUGAAUAAAGAAUAUAAGAAAGCAUGGGAUAUUUUUGAAAACCUUCAUAAAAAAGGAUACACAG